ACUUAAGAAAAAAACAAAAAAGAGAAGGAAAUACAAAGGCGAAAACAGACCUGCUUCUGCUCUUCUUUGUUCAAACUUCGAUUGAAUGUUGUCUUUCUCUUUCCUAGCUCUAAGCCUCCGUAGCCUGCAACAGUUUGUUCAGAGGACGAAGUUGCCCUCCCUUUUGCUUCAAUACUCCCAAUUCACCCAAUUUUCUUUCUCCUUAUAGAUUCUAUCAUCAGUCAAAGAUCCUUUCUACUGAUCAAAAUUUUCUCUCUCCACACUGAACUUUCUCGUGCUUUCCUUCUUUCCUUCACUCUCUCCCAUGGCAGGAGUAGCUGCUGGAGGCUGCAACUAGCAGAGAAGAAAAAGAAAAGAGGAAAAAUAUCCAAUGGAUUUGACGGAAGGAGUUGGUGAGAGCUCGUCGCCGCCGAGGAGCUUUGGGAGCUACAGCAGCUACGAUGUGAGAAAUGAUGUGUUUAAUCGCUUUAUGGAGAGUGGACAAGAGGAAGCUGUUUCUAAUCCUGAGUUGUUUCGCGAGUUACUCGAUGCUCACUUCAAUCGAUUGCCUCCUAGUUAUGGACUUGAUAUCAACAUGGAUAGAGUAGAUGAUGUUCUGAUACACCAAAAACUUCUUGCAUUGGCAAAGGAUCCAGAGAAACGACCAGCAUAUCAUAUUCGUUUCUUGGAGGAUCUUUGCACUAGGGCAGAUGAUGGUGAUGACCAACAAUUUAUGGAUAUUAUUUCUGCUGAAAGGCCAGAUAUUGAUGCAGAUAAUGGAGGAGUUGCGUCAUCGAAUAAGAGAAUCAAGGAUUGUGCAAUUGACUUUGAACCCUGCUCCAAGCUCGAGGAUUUAAAUUUGGAUGUCAGAAAGACUUCCAAGGGAAGGGAAGAAACAUAUGAUCGAGAGGAUGUUUCCAGAAGGCAAAAAUUUAUGCAUGUUCCACUUCAUGAAGUAAUAUUUUCUACUGUCGACAAGCCAAAGCUUCUUAGUCAGCUUUCUGCUUUGCUUUCAGAUAUAGGACUUAACAUACGUGAAGCGCAUGUGUUCUCGACAUCUGAUGGCUACUCUUUGGAUGUGUUUGUGGUGGAUGGAUGGCCGGUUCAGGAUACAGAUGGUUUGUAUAAGGCUAUGGAAAAAGCAAUUGCUAGAAGUGAGGGGUCAUGGUCUGGUUCAUCACUUCCUUGUUCAGCCGUGGAUAAAUAUUCAGCGGUGCAGGCAAAAUCUGGAGACUGGGAAAUUGAUAGACGAUUAUUGAAGAUAGGAGAAAGAAUUGCAUCUGGGUCUUGUGGAGAUCUGUACCGUGGAGUUUACCUUGGUCAAGAUGUUGCUAUCAAAAUUCUUAGAUCUGAGCAUUUAAAUAAUACUCAAGAAGAGGAGUUUGCUCAAGAAGUUGCAAUACUAAGGCAAGUCCAACAUAGAAAUGUUGUUCGCUUUAUUGGCGCAUGUACAAAGUCUCCGCAGUUGAGCAUAGUAACAGAGUAUAUGCAUGGUGGAAGUCUCUAUGAUUACUUGCAUAAGAACCAUAAUGUAUUGAAGCUCCCUCAGUUAUUGAAGUUUGCAAUAGAUGUUUGCAGAGGAAUGGAAUAUUUGCAUCAAAACAAUAUAAUUCACAGGGAUUUGAAGACAGCGAAUUUGUUAAUGGACACACAAAAAGUUGUUAAGGUAGCAGAUUUUGGAGUCGCUCGGUUCCAGAAUCAAGAGGGUGUAAUGACGGCAGAGACUGGAACAUACAGAUGGAUGGCACCUGAGGUUAUAAACCAUCAACCAUAUGAUCAAAAAGCCGAUAUAUUCAGCUUUGCUAUUGUACUAUGGGAGCUGGUAACAGCCAAGGUGCCAUAUGAUACCAUGACUCCAUUGCAAGCUGCGCUGGGAGUAAGACAGGGGCUGCGUCCAGAACUUCCUCAAAAUGCACAUCCAAAGCUAUUAGACUUAAUGCAGAGAUGUUGGGAAACAAUUCCUGCCAAUCGGCCAUCAUUCUCGGAAGUAUUAGUCGAACUUGAAAUAUUUAUUCAAGAAGUUCAGGUAAAGUUCUUCCAAUGCAUGCAAAUAUUUCACUCCAAAAUUUUAAAUGUGCUUUGCUUCCCUUAAAUCUAACCAGGCAUGCAAAUAUCAGGAAGCUAAGGAUGCAGUGAAUGGCAGCUGAAGCUAUUGCUGUUUGCAAUUUGCAAUAUUCUAACAGUUACAUUUUGUUGUUUCUUUUUGCUGUGGUUCCUACAACUGAGGGAGAAAGUAUUUUACAGAUACCGUCUAUUACAACACUCAUGAAACAAAAACUGCCAUGAUUUGUAUUUUUAAGGCACCAGCGGUUAGUGUUUCUUAUAGAGGAAUUCAGUUUUAUUACACGGGUGGAAAGCUUUUUAGUAGUUAGACACGUAGGGUUAGUAUUAUCUAUCUCUUGUUUAUCACUACAUUUCAGCACCGUUAUGGAAUUUCAAUUUGUAUAAGCAAAACUACUCUUUUCUUUUUUCUUUUUCUUUUUGUAUAAAUUAAAGUUUGAAUUCUUUAAUUACUUGAUUGAAAUAGCAACUACAAUUGCCGCU